GUAGUCUAAGAUUAAUGAAUUAAUUUUUUAACCUUGGAGAUGACCAAUAUCUGAAAUUUGAUUUAACACAAACAAACCUCUUAUCAUUAUCAAAUCAGAUAUGUCCGCGUUUUAAAGACAGAUAAGAGAAGUAGAUAAAAUUGGAACAAUUUGUCAAUAUUCAAAAUUUUGUAAUUUACACAAAUGGGUAAAAAAGUAAGUUAUAUUUUACCAAUUUUAUUAAAUAUGACAAUUACUCUGUCGUUAUUGUUUAUAUCUGGUCCGUCGUAGAAGAGUUAAUUAAUAGAAACCAUGAUAUGGUUUUCACUUUUUCAACCCAAAAGGGUAAUGAAAACAUAUUACAUUGCAUUCAUGUUUCUUGUUGGACUAUUUUCUUGUGUUAUUUUGCAAUUGAUUUGGCCGUAUAUUUCAAUUGAUAAAAAGGAACAUAAAGAUCUUAUUUUACAUCGUCCUUUUUCAAUAAUUGAUUUUGACUAUCAUGAGUUAGUAAACACUGACAAUACUGCACGUGAAUUGAUCAUCAGAGAUACUGAUAUAGAGUCUAUUUCUCAUCAAGAUAAUGUUGAAGCCUUAAUGUCAUUAGUGGCGGCAAAUGAGAUGAGAUUGAUGGGUAAAAAUGAAAAAGCUAUGAAAAUUAUAGAACAUGGAAUUGCUCUUUCACCAAAAAAUCCUGACUUAUUGAACUGUUAUGGAGAAUUCAUCGAAGAAUUGCAAAAAGAUGUAAUGAAAGCUGAUCAAAUGUAUUUUCAAGCACUUGUUCAUAGUCCAAAACAUAAAGGUGCAUUGAGAAAUCGGAAAAGAACUGAAUUAAUUGUUGAUGAUUUAGAUUGGCAACAACUCAAACGUAUUGAUGAAAAAAGAGAUAAAGUAGCAUCUAUAUCUGAUUCCAAUGCAGCAUUAAGACGCGCCAAAAAAGAAGCUUAUUUUCAACACAUUUAUCAUACUGUUGGCAUUGAAGGUAAUAGAAUGUCAUUGUCAGAAACACGAUCUAUUUUAGAAACUAGAAUGGCGAUUGGUGGAAGAAGUUUAGCUGAACAUAAUGAAAUAAUAGGUCUUGAAGCAGCUCUUAAAUAUAUUAAUUCAACAUUAAUUAAUCAAAUUGGACAGAUAUCAGUUGACGAUAUCUUACAAAUUCACAAAAGAGUUAUGGGAUUUGUUGAUCCAUUUGAUAGUGGAGUUUUUAGGCAAACUCAAGUAUUUGUUGGUGGUCACAUCCCUCCAGGGCCAUCACAUAUUGUAACAUUGAUGGAUAAUUUUUCAAAAUGGCUGAACUCUGAAUCUGCACUUCGAUUACAUCCUGUUAGAUAUGCUGCAUUAGCACAUUAUAAAUUAGUACAUAUACACCCAUUUACUGAUGGUAAUGGACGUACAUCACGUCUUCUCAUGAAUAUGAUUUUAAUGCAAGCAGGUUAUCCUCCAGUUAUUAUUCCUAAAGGAGAAAGGCACAAGUACUAUAGAACUUUAGACCUAAGUAAUAAAGGAGACAUUAGACCAUUUAUGAGAUUUAUUGCUGAAUGCACUGAAAAAACUUUAAACCAGUUUUUAUUAUCCACAUCAACAGAAUUUACAACUAAUAUUCCUGAAAUAGAUUAUGACAACAUAAUUUUAAAUUAACUUUAUCUGUGAUAUUUAUAUGUUUUUUAAUUUUCUAUUAAUAUGUUAUUUGACUUAGUAACCAUGGUACGUAUGGUGCAUACUGGUGCAAAUUUACCACUUAUAAUUUUUAUUUUAUUAUACCUUUGUAGAGUAAUAUUAAGUUAGUAAAAAUUAUUAUGUAUAAAUGUUUUAUUAUGAAAAAUAUAACUCGAAAUAUAAAUAAUACAAAAAAAUAUUUACCAACUGCGAAAAGUAUAUUCUUUUCAAAUUUAAGAACUUUAUAUUACCUAUAUAUUAAAGUUAAUUAGUCAUAAAAUUAUUCUGUGAUAUAAUUUUUUUGUUAUUACUAAAAUAGUUAAACUACAUAUUUCUCUGGUACUACUUUUAUAAUUAUUAUGUAUAGUAUGAAUACAUUUUAAUUAAAUGUUCCUGUACAUUUUCAAUUAAAAAUUAAAGAAAAUAUCAUUAUUUUUAGUUUUCCAAUCCAAUUUUAGUUUACAUAUUGCAAAAUACAUAUUAAACUAGUUGAAUUGUAUUAAAUAUUUUGUUCGCAUUAUGAAAGAUGAUUACUUGAAAAAUAAAUUAUUAUUUUAUUAUUAUUAUUAUUUAAUUCACAAUUAAAAAGCUCAGUUUUUUGAUAAAAAUUCAGUUGUAUUAUAGUUAUAAUUUUUUCUUCAAAAUGUUAAGUAUUAUCUACAACAUAUGUUAAUAUAUAAACAGAUUAUGUUAAUUA